AUGAACGGCGCCCCCGUCCACACGACCACCCCACCGCAAGACGUCUCAAGUCUCUCCUAUCUCGUCGUCUCAGGCGGUACCGGUGCAAACUCGUUUGCGUCAGCGUUCGGUCCUUCACCCGCCUUUGUGCUUCCAGUCUCUGAUGAUGGAGGUUCCUCGGCUGAGAUUCUGCGGUGCUUCGGCGGUCCGUCCAUUGGUGAUAUUCGCUCCCGUCUGAUCCGUCUCAUUCCAGUGCCAACGACUCUCGUAACGAAGGAGGACCGCGAGUUACAGGCUAUCUACAACUUGAUGGCCCACCGCUUCCCUGCAGACGUUUCUGAGAAGAUCGUGCGAAAUAUCUGGGAGGAAGUCGUUGAGGGAAGAGGGGAUUUGUGGAAUGGCAUCGGCGAGGAUAAGAAGGAGUGCAUCAGAGCCCACAAACGCUUCUCCUUCAGGAACUUCAGUAUCGGAAACGGCUUCCUCACCGGUGCUCGAGAUCUAUUCAGCAACCUCCCCAGUGCCAUCUUCUUGUUCAAAUCUGUGGCAGGAGUGAAUGUCAUCCCCGUCAUCAAUACGAACCUUCAGCUUAUCAUCGGACAGUGCAACAUCUCCCACCCAGCCCCAGCGCAAGAGCACGCUGCAGUAUCCAUUCCAGGGAUCCGUGAUAUCCCGCUCGCGCAACGUUCUCGUCACCUCCGACAUGGUCUGCGACGAGACUCACGGACAUUCGACACGGCUGACAGCGCGCGCGUCACCCCAGAGCGAGGGCGCACUCCACUGCCAGGAGUCGACGCCGAUGAUGAUGGGCUGCUCGGCAACAUUGCGUACACGAAGGGCCAGAAGGAAGAGCCUUUGGAGGCGCGGAUAGAGCGUCUGUUCUACAUCAACCUGUAUGGACAGGAGAUCUUCCCCGAGCCGAACAACGACUUCUUCGACGCGAUCGACAAACGCGAUAUUCUGGUGUACUCGUGCGGCUCGCUGUGGACGAGCAUCAUCCCAUGCCUCGCGCUGCGUAGCGUCGCGACGGCGCUCGCGCAGUCCAAGUCGCUCAAAGCCAAAGUCAUGCUGCGUAAGCUAUUUGGGCGGUCUGAUCAGCUGACAACAGUGAAUUCUGUGAAUGACCGUGAGACGCCGGACUACACGGCAAUGGACUACAUAGAUACGGUGGCCAACAUCCUGCGCCACUAUGACGUUCCGCCACCCCUGCAGACGAGCCCCGACGACGUGAUCCCGUGGGAGACGGCGAGCUUUAUCACGCACGUCGCGUAUCUUGAGGGCGCCGAGGUGCCUGUUGACGAGGCAGCUAUACAGGUGGGUAGCAACGGCUCCGAAGGCGAUGCGGAUGCUGACGUUCAGGCACGCGGCAUCUCCGUCGUGCGCAUCCCGCGACGUGUGCAUGAAACGGCGCCGGGAGCGGUGCCGAUGUUCUCGGAGAAGACAGUAGAGUGGGCGAUGGCGCAGGUGGUAGCGACGCUAUGA